UCGGGAACACAGACAAAUCCUAGCAUUUCGACAGACACCAGCACCCAGUGCUCAGUGUGCAGGAUGUCUCCCUCUGAACAUGAGAUCCUCAUUGCUCUGUUCCUCUUCUCUUUUCCAGCAGCAUUGGGCUCUAAAGUGUUUCUGGAGCCAAAAAAAGCCAGUCAGGUACUGAGGGUUCGAAGAGCCAACUACUUCCUGGAGGAAAUGCUGCCAGGCAACCUGGAGCGCGAGUGUUACGAGGAGAUGUGCUCCCAGGAGGAGGCCUCUGAGAUAUUUCAGAACAAAGAGAAGACGUUGGAGUUUUGGUUUCGAUACAGAAACCUGGACCCCUGCAAACAGAACCCUUGUUUGAACGGAGGGUUCUGCACCAUUGUCCGGAGCGACUUCAUGUGCCUCUGUCCCCCCCGUUACGAUGGGCAACACUGUGAGAUUGAGGUGUUUGAGUGUGAAUACAAGAAUGGAGGCUGUCUGCAGUACUGUACCAACAUGGAUCGGGUCACUGGGGUGCGGUGCAGCUGUGCGGAGGGGUACCAGCUCCAGGAGGACGGCAGGACGUGCGAUGAAGCAGUGCCGUUCCCCUGUGGGAAGAGAUGGGUGCAGAGUCAUGGAUACCGCUCUCUUCUUGAGGAGGCCCUCCUCCUCAAUGACACUUUGGCUUUUGACCAGGGUGGAAACUUCACCCAAACAGCAGAUAACUCCACCUCUCAGCUGGGAAACUCCACCCAUGAAGGGAACAACUCUACCCAUUAUAGGGGCAACUUCACUGACCCCUUGCAGCUCCAACUUCCGAUGGGAGGCGAUGACUUGCGUAUCAUAGGGGGUCAGUUGGAGAGGCAGGGCGGCAGUCCAUGGCAGGUUCUGAUGCGCAGAAAGAAUGGGUAUGGGUUCUGCGGGGGCACACUGAUCAGCCCACGCUGGGUUCUCACUGCAGCUCACUGUUGCCAGGAGACCCCUGAUCAUGUGACCAUUGGCGACUACGACAAGAUGCGGGAGGAUCGGGAGGAGCAGAAGAUCAAGGUGGAGGCGGUGAUGGUGCACCCUCACUUUCACUCCUUCACCUUCGACAGCGACAUCGCUCUCCUCUUACUGGCCGAGCCGGUGCAGCUGGGGCGCUUUGCCUCGCCCGCGUGCGUCCCCAACGAGCACCUGUCGCGCAUACUCUCCAGGGAGGGCACCGUCGGCAUGGUGACGGGCUGGGGCGCCAUGCAGUACCUGGGCCGGUCGUCCCGCUUCCUGAGGAGGGUGGGGCUCCCCGUGGUGGACCAAAUGAAGUGCGUCCGGUCCACCGAGCAGGCCGUCACCGACAACAUGUUCUGCGCCGGCUACCUCCAGGACAACCUGGACGCCUGUAGUGGCGACAGCGGCGGACCCUACGUGGCCAACUAUCGCGGCACGUGGUACGUCACCGGGGUGGUCAGCUGGGGCGAAGAGUGCGCUGCCAAGGGGAAAUACGGCUUUUACACCCGGCUGGGGAACUACCUGCCCUGGGUACACGAUACCAUGCGGAAGCACGCUCAGAACGGCACAGAGACGGUUCUCACAUGAGAACUGUACCGCCACAGCACAUGAAACGCCUUUCAAAACCCUGUUUUCUUCUAUUUAAAGUGUUCAUUAAGCUAUGUGAAAUAUACACUGAAGUCUGCAUGUAUUUGGACAGUUGGUACACUGUCUGUUCGUUUGGCUCUGUAGUUCAGCACAUAGGAUUGGAUUUGAAAACAAUAAAUGUGAGGUUAAAGUGCAGAUUGUCCCCUUUAAUUUGAGGGUAUUCACAUCGGGGUAAUGCAUGUAGAAAUCACAUCUCUUUUUAAUCAGUCCCUUAUUUUAGGGGACCAAAAAUAAUUGGAUGGUUGGCUUCUCAGCCCCUUCUGAAUAAUCUGUUGUAUUCAAUCACUUCCUUACUGCAAAUAUAAGAAAACUUUCAGUAUGUAGUUUUGAUUUGAGGCUUUUGAUUGCCUAUUAUUGGUGUUUGUCAACAUGGACCAAAGUUGUGCCAAUGACUGUCAAGGAAGCCAUUAUGAGGCUCAGAAAUAAGAUAUAAGAAUAAGAAAUAAGAUAAUAAGAAAACAACUAUUAAGAGACACUGGUGUAUGUUUGGGAUCAUUGCCUAGCACUAUCUAAUGGGUAUGGAGGCAUUUGAUUGAACUUAUAAAGACUUAUAAAACUUAGAAAUAAAAUUGAGAAAACUCUUUAUUAUGA